UUAAAGUUGGGGUCUCGUCUCAAAUUCUCAAAUAAAUCAUCUAUUUAAUUUAAUUUAAUAUUGUUAAUAUAUUGCAAUAAAUAUUAAGUUGUUAAUGUAUGUGUCACAGAUGUAAAAUAAAUGAAAUAGAAAUAAAAUAACGGGAACCUACAUCACGAAACAAGAAGACAUUCGGUUCGAAAAAGAUUUCGAGACUGCAAAUUAAGAUUCAUAAAAUUAUUAACAUUAAGAAGAGAUCUCAUAAAUGCCUAAACGACGGGGAGACGAGCUAAUGGACUUACAGGAACGCGGAUUCCGAGUUAGUGUGUGCCUUCGUCGUGUGUUUACCGAUGAGCGCGCCAAAUGCUACAUGUGGGUGGAGGAGUCGCGUCAGGUACGGUGGCUGCAACAGAGGCUCUGCCGCACGUUCGGACUGCAGAUAUGCUGUAUGUCAUUGCUGUGUCGGGGUCAUUUAUUGCCGCCCGACGAGCCCCUCACUCUUCUGGGUCUUGACGAUCUCGUCGAGGUUAUUAUGAAAGAAAACAAAGAAAAUGUUGCGAAAUCAUUGAGAGUGCCGGGUGAAGAGAAUCAACCUAGAACACAAGGACCACAUGAUGAAACUGAUUAUGAAGGAAAACAAAUACAAAACCAAAAUAAAAUUGAUGAAACUUUAAAUGUUGGAAAAUUUAAUGAGGAUGAGACUCUUGUUGAGACCAAACGACAGGCUCUACUUCUUCUGUCCACUUACGAGCAACAAAACCAAGAGCUGUCGACUCACGAUGCAAACAAACAUAGGGAUUCCACAACUAAUUCUCGUUCCUUGCUCUGUGACAACUCGAUUGAAAUAGAACCACAUCUUUACAUGGAUUCAUCAAAUGGGACUAUGGUGGAGAAUGAUAAUGCAUCACGACUCGAAGCAGCAUCACCAUUUAAUACCAAGCUAUGUCAGCAAGGCGGUGUACAGCUCUCGCGAGACUCUGAGCCGGGGAGCGACGUCUCCCCGCUACACACAAUAAGAAAGCGUUUCAAAUCACAAUCGGAAUGGAUGUCAGAUGAUGUACCAACGAGGACGUCGUGCGCUCGCAGCGGGCGGCGCCGCGUGCGUCGUCGCCGCAACGCCCGGCCCCCUCCCCCCGCCGCGCCCUCCCCUCCCGCCGCCGCCGCGCCCUCCCCUCCCCACGCGCCCUCCCCGCCUCCCCCCGCGCCGCCCGUCCGCCGCGACGCCAGCCUCGCAAGGUUACCGCGAGUAGUGCGAGCUCUGUCUCCUGUCGACAACGAAUCUGUUUCUAGUAGUAACAGCUACGGCCGUACGCCCUCGGCUCUGGUACUAUAAAUACACAGCUAUUUUCAGUUAAGUAAAUCGUUGAGGAUAUGCGACUGAGAUUAAGAAAUUAAAUGUUUUAGCCAUUAGCAAUUUUCGCACACAAUCUUUGCUAAUAAACACUGUAUCCGAACCCGCAAACAACCAGAUCAUUUAAAAUCAUUCACACUAACACUCCACUUUAUUAACACUCCUCUGGUAGACAAUAAUCCUGUCAAACACGGAUGCAUCAUCUAUCAUCGCAUCAAAUAAAACUUUAGUAUUCGGUGAAACUGUGAA